AUGACAGACGCAUGCAUUGUAUGUUUAGAAGAUCUGGAGGUUCAACAUGAAGUUGGGGUCCAGGUCCCAUUUCCAGAUGAUGCUGCAGUGGUGCAAGACCGGCAAGACCCCCAAACCAUUCCCCAUGAUGAUCUCGAGGGGGGCAAAGCGAGCAACGCACGAGAAUCCCAUUCCGAUUUCGUCGACAUUGUAAAGGAUCCGGAUCAUCAACAACUUCAUCAUUAUCCUGCGGAAAUCAACAACCCUCUUUGCGUGGCUCAGAUUAAACCUUGUGAUCAUGUUUUGCAUGAUCAUUGUUUGAGGGCAUGGAGUCAAAAGGCGAAUAGUUGUCCGAUUUGUCGAGCGAGCUUUAAUUUGGUCGUGGUACUUGAUAGGGUGGGAGGAACUGUUCAAUCUGAAUAUGCCGUCCAAGAUCGAAAACAAACUGCCGAGUUUGAUUUAACUGAGUGGCAAGUAAAUAAUCCAGAAGAAUAUGAAGAAGAGGAAGAUGGAAGAUCUUGUCCAAUAUGCGACCAGUCAGAUCAAGAAGAUGUUCUCUUAUUAUGCGAUGGAUGCGAUGCACCUUAUCAUACACAUUGUAUUGGUUUAAGCAGUAUUCCAACUGGCCAUUGGUAUUGUAUGGAAUGUGUGGAAAGUGGUGCUUUUACUCAACAUGAUGAAUCGCAAGGACCAGCAAGGACUAUACCAUUCUCAGGACCAAACUUCAGCAGAACUCAGGCUAGCGUUCGACGUGCUCGUAGGAAUGGCAGACAAGAUAGAUGGAUUAAUGCUUGGGGUCAAUUAAGUAGCGCAAUUCGAAAUGUCACUGGUGUCGAUCUGGAUUUUGCCGAGGAUGAUCAGGAGUUAAGAGGUUAUAGGGAUCUUCAACAAUUUUCCGCUGCCGAAUUUAGAAGAUGGGAACAACGAAUACGUAUUGCCAGACGUCAAGGUGCUGAUCAAGUAUUUCGAGCCGCAGCACCACAGGUUGUUAGAGAACGAAUUCAACCACCGGCACCUGUGGUUGAAACUCGUGAAGAAAGGCAAGCAUGGGGAGCCAUGGAGAGAGCUCAAAAUCUCGAGGAUGCAUCAAAUACAAGAAAGCGCAGAAGAUCAACUACUGCGUCACCAGCUAGCCGUAGUAGUUCAGCACCGGAGGAACCUGAACGUAAACAAAAGCGUCCAAGAACACGAAUUGUUCAAAACGGAUCUUCUAUCGCAUCAUCUAGUACAAAUAAUCAACCUCGACCUCAAUCUAGCAGAAGCAAUGGUUCACCAACACGAUCACCCUCGACAAAUACAAUCAACACAAACUCGGAACCUACUUUUCUUUCUUCACUUCUUCGAGAAGUUGAGAUGGCUCCAUCUUCUGAUGAAGAUUCAAUAAGGUUUGGGUUAGAUCUUACAUCUAAUCGAGCAAAUGGUGUCACAAGUCCAUCUCUUGAUUAUUCUUCUCCAGCUACUUCUCCAGCAUCACCAGCAUCUUCUUUUCAUAGUCGCGCAUUAUCGACCACACCCCCACCAAGAGGUAGACAAUCCCGUUCACCUCCUUUGAGUACAACUGUUAUGCCUGAUUUUUCUGCUGUACAUUAUUCACCAAAUCGAUCAUCACCCACUGACUCGAUAAAUCAAACAGUCUCAAAUGAAAGUAGGAGAAAGAGAGAUGGAUCUCCCAUGUCAGAAAUUCAACAACCUCAACCUCGCAGACAUAAAUCAGCUCGAGCAAGAUCUCAAGAUUCUUCACCUGUACGAACAAAUGCACAAUCAGCAUCACGAUCCGAAAAUACUUCACCAAUACGAAAUACCAUGUCAAUCGAAGAAAAAGAAAGUAUUAGCAAAGUGGUUAAAACAGCUCUAGGGCCUCAUUGGAAAUCUCGAAAGAUAUCAAAUGAACAAUAUUGUGAUAUCAAUCGAAAUGUAUCAAGAAAGCUUUACGAACUUGUUGCCGAUAAGAACCUAUCUAAUGGAGAUAAAAGUUCAUGGGAAAGGAUUGCGACUUCGGAAGUUAGUAAAGCAGUUCGAUCUUUAAGAAAUUAA